CUUGGCUUUGAUGUUACUGCCAUCUGUAACCGGCCUCUUUAGCUUGUCCACGUAUGAGAGUGUUUACGUGUCGUAAGUUCGACUGAUGUGUACAUGAAAGUAGCCGGUUAAAUAUAAAGACCAACGUAAUUCUCUGCGAUUUAUUUGCAGUAUGGCUGUGUCAAGCGGAACAUCGUUUGUACUGGCCUCAGUUCUCACUGUGCUACUGUUUUCUGGCAUGCAAAUGUAUCGGCAGUGGCUUGCUUCAUCACAGUUGCAUACAAUUCUUGGCGGCUAUUUGGGAUCCAUUCUUUUCAUUUUUAUACUUACAGCAGUAGGAAAUCUGGAAUCAACAUUAUUUGGAAAAGGUUUCCAAACAAAAUUUUUCCCAGAAAUUAUACUUUGCUUGGGUAUUGCAAUGACGGCAUCUGGAAUGGUACACAGCGUGUGUAGUACGACAUGCUUCCUGUUCUCUCUGAUGGGGCUGUACUACCUGAAUCGCAUCUCCCAGCAGACCUACGCUAUACCGCUUCCUUCACAACCCGCGCCAACCAAGAAAAAGAAGUAGAGAGAUCCAGAAUUAGCCAUUGUCAUUUCCUGCAUUCUAGUAAGGAUGCUCAGGGCUGAAUCUAAACAUAUGAAGACAGAAGACUGUCAGUAUACUUUUCACAUAGGAACUGCACUAUAAAAGCUAAUAAAAACUGUAAAUUAUUUUCUUAUUUCAAUUUUUACAUUAUUAUAUAACAAAAUUCAGUAAACUUGUAUUUUUUAAAAUUUCUAUAAUGAGAUUGCAAUAAAAGUGCUCAUUUCUAAUUAUUUUAGUUUUCAUCAUAACUACCAUAUAAUAGGGUUUCUAAAACAGUUGGACAUAAUUCCACUUUCUGGAGUUGUUGCUUUGCUUUAAACUUAGCCACAAACAUUGUAUCAGACUCUUUCUAUGUCUCUAACUAGAACAUUCCCCAGAGAGUGUUAAUACAAUUUUGUUGUGAUACCUCAUGAGUCUCUUGCAAUAAAAUGGUGCGCCUUGUUGGAAUGUCUUCA